AUAGCCAUCUCAUACGGAGAGCUCCGCCUUCAUACGCCGAUGGAGUGUAUAUGCUCUCAGGGCAAAAUCGUCCCAGUCCACGAAAACUCAGCAGGUUGUUUAUGAAAGGAAUUGAUGGACUGGCCUCCAUGAACAACAGAACAGCCUUGUUGGCUUUUUUCGGCCAGCUAGUUACCUCUGAGGUUGUUAUGGCUAGUGAGAGUGGAUGUCCUAUCGAAAUGCAUCACAUAGAAAUCGAAAAGUGCGACGAAAUGUACGAUAAAGAAUGCAAAGGAAACAAGUACAUACCAUUCCACAGGGCCAGCUAUGACAGGAAAACAGGCCAGAGUCCUAACAAUCCCAGAGAACAGUUAAAUCAAGCAACGAGCUGGAUAGACGGUAGCUUCAUUUACAGUACCAGCGAGCCAUGGGUCAGCGCUAUGCGAUCGUUCCACAACGGUACCUUUUUAACCGACAGAUCUGGAAAAAUGCCGGUCAGAAACUAUAAAAAGGUUCCUCUGUUCAAUAACCCCGUACCUCACAUGAUGAAAAUGCUCAGUACCGAAAGACUAUUCUUACUGGGAGAUCCAAGGACUAAUCAGAAUCCAGCGCUUUUGACUCUGGGUGUUCUGUUCUUUCGGUGGCACAAUGUUGUAGCUUCGCGUAUUCAAAAGACAAAUCCAGGUUGGUCUGAUGAGGAUGUGUUCCAGAAGGCUCGCCGUGUCGUCGUGGCCACUCUGCAAAACAUCAUUCUCUACGAAUACCUGCCAGCGUUUUUAGGAGAAUCUUUACCAAAUUACGAAGGUUACCAACAGAACGUCCAUCCUGGAAUAACUCACGUAUUCCAAAGUGCAGCUUUUAGGUUUGGACACUCCCUCAUUCCUCCGGGACUUUAUAGAAGAGAUGCCAAAUGUAACUUUAAAAAAACUCCGAUGGGGCAUUUGGCAUUGAGAUUGUGCGCUACAUGGUGGGAUUCUAACGAUGUUUUAACAAAGAACUCCAUUGAGGAAUUGCUGAUGGGUAUGACAUCGCAACUGGGAGAGAGGGAAGAUUCAGUACUUUGUUCUGACAUAAGAGAUAAGUUGUUUGGACCGAUGGAAUUUUCUAGAAGGGAUUUGGGAGCGUUGAAUAUUAUGAGAGGGCGAGAUAACGGCUUGCCUGAUUAUAAUACGGUUCGCGUACAUUAUGGCCUAUCCAGAAUCGUAAACUGGACCGACAUCAAUCCCAAACUCUUUCAAGAAAAGCCGGAAUUGCUCCGAACGUUAGAAGCUGCUUAUUCUAACAAUCUCAACAAUGUAGAUGUCUAUGUUGGCGGCAUGUUGGAGAGUUUCGGACAACCUGGGGAACUGUUCCGAACCGUGAUCAAGGAACAGUUUGCCAGAUUAAGAGACUCUGACAGAUUUUGGUUUGAAAACGAAGCAAGUGGUAUUUUCACACAGUCCGAAAUCAAAGAAUUGCGAAAAAUUACUAUGUGGGACGUGAUAGUGAACAGCACCAACGUCGCCCCUUCUGCUAUCCAGAAAAACGUAUUUUUCUGGAAGGAUGGCGAUCCAUGUCCUCAACCUAUGCAACUCAAUGUUUCUGCUAUGGAACCUUGCAAAAUGAUGAUCGGGCAUGAUUACUUCGAGGGUAACGAACUGGUGUACAUCUACGCUUGUGUUUUUCUCGGUUUUGUUCCUAUUUUAUGCGCCGGAGCGGGGUACGGCGUUGUCAAACUUCAAAACCGACGCCGGCGAAGACUGAAAGUAAAACAGGAAGAACUGAAAGCUAAACACUGCAAGUUACCAGUUGAUACGAUGGUGGUGCACGAGUGGCUCCACGCCAACCACAAAAGAAUAGUAAAAGUCAAGUUUGGUCCAGAGGCUGUGAUUAAUAUUAUUGGCCGAAAGGGUGAAAAUCUGCGUAGUAUUAAUUUCAAAAGUUCGGAUCCGAUUAUGGUAGAAGAAUCUUUGGAUGUUACCUCAGUGAAGAAGCCCAUGGUUCUAUUGCAAGUACCGAAAGAUCACGAUUUGGUACUCGAGUUCGAUUCGAUAGCCAACAAAAAGAAGUUCCUUAAUAAACUAGAAAAUUUUUUGAACUCCAACAAGAAGAAUUUAGUGCUCACACAGGUUGUUAGAGAAAUAAUGCUGGCCAAAGCAGAGACAAAACAACGAAGGGAGAAAAAACUAGAACACUUUUUCAGGGAGGCCUAUGCUUUGACGUUUGGUUUACGCCCCGGCGAAAGAAGACGCAGAAGUGAUUCUACAACUGAUGGAGAGGUAGUAACCGUUAUGAGAACAUCACUAACAAAAGCAGAAUUUGCCAGUGCCUUAGGAAUGAAAACUGACGCUGUAUUCGUCAAAAAAAUGUUCAAUAUAGUGGAUAAAGAUGGAGACAGUCGAAUUUCCUUUCAAGAGUUCUUGGAUACAGUCGUACUGUUCUCUCGAGGGAAGACUGAAGACAAGUUGCGCAUUAUAUUCGAUAUGUGCGACAACGAUCGCAAUGGUGUCAUAGACAAAGAAGAAUUUUCAGAUAUGUUGCGAUCUCUAGUGGAAAUAGCUAGGACGACAAGUUUGUCGGAUGAUCACGUCACUGAGUUGAUAGACGGCAUGUUUUUGGAUGCCGGUCUCCAACACAAAAACUACCUGACCUACCAAGACUUCAAGGAGAUGAUGAAAGAGUACAAGGGCGACUUCGUGGCCAUAGGGCUGGACUGUAAGGGCGCUAAGCAAAAUUUCCUCGAUACUUCAACAAACGUGGCCAGGAUGACCAGUUUCCACAUCGAACCUAGCGUCGAUGCGGAAAAGUCGUGGUUGAGGUUGAAAUGGGAUAGUCUGACCACAUUUCUGGAGGAGAACCGACAGAAUAUUUUCUAUUUAUUUAUAUUUUACGUCGUUACCAUUGCAUUAUUCGUCGAAAGAUUUAUACACUACUCCUUCAUGGCUGAGCAUACAGAUUUACGUCACAUAAUGGGCGUGGGUAUAGCGAUAACACGAGGCUCAGCCGCUUCACUGUCAUUUUGCUACUCCAUCCUCCUUCUCACCAUGUGCAGGAACUUCAUAACUAAAUUGAAAGAAUUUUCUAUACAUCAGUAUAUUCCACUGGAUGCCAAUAUCCAAUUUCACAAAAUAGCAGCGUGCACAGGUCUAUUUUUCUCAUUACUGCAUACCGUCGGUCACAUUGUCAAUUUUUACCACGUCUCUACCCAACCUAUUGAGAAUCUCAAGUGCUUGACCAACGAAAUUCGAUUUAAUUCGGACUAUAAGCCUGGAAUAAGCUUUUGGCUCUUCCAAACAAUAACAGGAAUUACUGGAGUGCUUCUGUUCAUUAUAAUGUGCAUCAUUGUUGUUUUCGCCCAUCCCACAAUCAGAAAAAAGGCCUAUAAGUUCUUCUGGUUUACUCACAGCCUGUAUGUAUUACUCUACGCUCUUUGCUUGAUUCACGGAUUGGCCAGGUUGACUGGACCUCCAAGAUUUUGGAUGUUCUUUAUCGGACCUGGUAUCAUAUUCACAUUAGAUAAGGUCGUCAGUUUGAGGACUAGGUACAUUCCACUGGACGUUUUCGAGACGGACCUGUUACCAUCAGAUGUCAUCAAAAUCAAAUUUUACCGACCGCCCAACCUGAAAUAUUUAUCGGGCCAAUGGGUUAGACUGACUUGUACAGCAUUUAAGGACAGAGAGUUUCAUUCAUUUACUUUAACGUCAGCGCCACAUGAGAACUUCUUGUCAUGCCAUAUCAAAGCACAAGGUCCCUGGACAUGGAAACUACGCAACUAUUUCGAUCCUUGCAACUACAAUCCAGAGGAUCAGCCGAAAAUCCUGCUCGAAGGGCCAUUCGGAGGGGGCAAUCAGGAUUGGUACAAGUUCGAAGUAGCAGUGAUGGUGGGUGGGGGUAUCGGAGUAACGCCCUACGCUUCUAUCUUGAACGAUCUCGUAUUUGGAACGUCUACAAAUAGAUAUUCCGGAGUAGCAUGUAAAAAGGUUUAUUUCUUGUGGAUUUGUCCGUCUCACAAACAUUUUGAAUGGUUCAUCGACGUUUUGAGAGAUGUAGAGAAGAAAGAUGUAACGAAUGUUUUAGAAAUUCACAUUUUUAUCACCCAGUUCUUCCAUAAAUUCGACUUAAGAACUACUAUGUUGUAUAUUUGUGAAAACCACUUCCAAAGAUUGUCAAAAACGUCGAUUUUCACUGGUCUCAAAGCAGUCAAUCACUUUGGAAGACCGGAUAUGACGUCGUUUUUGAAAUUUGUUCAAAAAAGACAUAGUUAUGUAAGUAAAAUUGGUGUGUUCAGUUGUGGGCCAAGGCCCUUAACCAAGAGCGUCAUGUCAGCCUGCGACGAGGUCAACAUGGGACGCAAACUGCCUUAUUUUAUACAUCACUUCGAAAACUUCGGUUAACCAUAAUUUAUUACAGUAUUAGAAUAACUUAAUUAAAGUUUAAAUGUAUCGAUUUCAUUGGAAAACAGUGAGAUCUUCGUCAGUACUUAUAGUAAUAUUUUGUAUAUUUUAUUUUUUUAUAUAAAAAAACAAGUAAAUAAUUUU